AUGGUAAACUAUAGAUCUCUAGUGACGAGAGAAAGCGUGAUUGACGCAGCAACCAAGCUUCUUGACUGCAAACAAUUUAUGAAGGACUAUGGACCUGAUAAGCAGAUGGUGGAUAACCCUUUUGCCAUCCACCUUUUGUGCCAUGUAGAGUUUUCAGAGCAGCCAAAAACAGACCCUGCUAUACCGCCAGAGUUAAUUGUUCUGCCUUCAAAUGCUACUGUUGCUGACCUAAAAACUGAAGCCACCAAAACUUUUCAAGAAGUAUAUGCCAUGUUUAAGAGGUUUGAAGCUGGUGAAUUGCUAGACUAUGGCUCUCUUGAGGAUUUCAUUACUCUUAAGUUUCUGGUUGGACAAAGUGGAUCAGUCCGAAUUAAAGGGACCUGUCCGUCAAAACAUGCACUUAGCCAUUUUCGAAUGGAGAAGGGACAAGAGAACUGGGUAGUGGAUUGCAUGUGUGGGGCUAUGGAUGACGAUGGUGAGAGAAUGUUAGCUUGUGAUACCUGUGGUGUUUGGCAGCAUACUAGGUGUGCUGGGAUUGACAAUUCUGAUGAAAUUCCUGAAAAGUUUGUCUGCAUGAGAUGCCUCAACUCAUACCGCAAUAAAUCUGAGAAGAGCACUAAGUUCAUAGAGAAAGAGGCAUCGAAAAGAAUUUCUCUAUCCAAAACAUCAACAUGCAGGAAUGGGGCAGGAACUGAGGGUGUCAGUGUCGUACCUGGACUAACUAUUGACAUUUAG